ACCGGACAUCAGCUGCACUGGGCUACAUGACACACUGAAAAAGGGAUGCUUUGACAGUCUGCAGACUUACUGAGACCCAGGCCAUUGCCAUGGCGGUGUACUCCAAUUCCUUGGGAACAGCGAGUCCUGCGUUUGAACCAUGGUCCACAGCUUCAGUGGAUCGGGAUGUCCUGCAUUUGCUGGCCUCUGUGACUGAGACGAAUAGCACUGCGGAGAGGUGUUAUCUCUCACACUCUCGCAGCAGUGUGCUUCAGGGGCUGCCCUUUGGUGGAGUGCCUACUGUCCUCGCUAUCAACCUCGUCCUCUGGCUGUUCCUGCUGCUUGUUUUCUCCUGUGUGAGGAAGGCUGCAUGGGAUUACGGGCGUCUGGCUCUGCUGAUGGAGAAUGACAGCCUGACAUCACUUUUCUAUGGAGAACAAAGUGAGAAAGAGAAGUCUCCUUCUGAAACCAGUCCCUCAGACUCUGAGACCAAAGAUAUGGGGUUUUGCUCCUGGCUCACGUCUCUCUACCACAUGAAGGAUGAAGAGAUCCGGAGUAAGUGUGGCAUUGAUGCAGUUACGUACCUGGCAUUUCAGCGCCACAUCAUCCUUCUUAUGGCUGUAGUGUGUCUGCUCUCGCUGAGUGUUAUCCUGCCUGUCAACCUCUCUGGGAGCCUCCUGGAAGACAGCCCUAAGAAUUUUGGUCGGACAACUGUAGCUAACAUAGCUGCGCAGAACAGUUUUCUGUGGAUACACAGCAUCUUUGCAUUACUGUAUUUUGUAAUUACUGUACUCUGUAUGGUCCACCACUCCUCGCAAUUGGAAUACAAAGAGGAUGAGAAGGUGGCCAGAACUUUAAUGAUCACCAACAUUCCCAGAGAGAUUUCUGACCCCGGCCUGAUUACCAAGCACCUCCACGAAGCUUAUCCAAGUUGUACAGUCAUGGACAUCUGCUUCUGUUUCAACGUCCAAAGAUUAAUGAAGCUGGACUCUGAGAGACGAAAAGCAAUGAAAGGGAGGAUGUAUUUCACUACCAAAUCACAGAAGGAAGGGAGGAUCAUGAUAAAGACACAUCCCUGUGCUCAGAUCUUAUGCUGUGAUUUAUGUGGCUUUGAACAGAUCGAUGCCGAGCAGUAUUAUAGUGAAUUGGAGGAAAAGCUUACAGAUGAGUUCAAUGCAGAAAAGAAUCGCAUUACCAUGAAGAGACUAGGCAUUGCCUUUGUCACUUUCAGAGACGAGAGGAUGACUGCAGUCAUUGUGAAGGACUACAGGCGGGCACGUUGCCGUCGGAAACCACAGCAGUCCAGCAUCACUACAGUUGUGCAUUCAUACCAGUGGGGUGUCCGCUAUGCCCCUGCCCCCAACGACAUCAUCUGGGAGAACCUGUCAGUGAGUGGCUCUCGCUGGUGGCUUCGAUGUGUUUUGCUUAAUAUCCUGCUCUUCCUCCUGCUGUUCUUCCUUACCACUCCCGCCAUUAUCGUCAACACUAUGGACAAGUUCAACGUCACUCGGCCUGUGGAAAGCCUCCGGAACCCGGUUAUCACCCAGUUCUUCCCUACUUUGCUCCUAUGGGCUUUCUCCAUUCUGCUCCCCUUCAUCGUGUAUUACUCCGCCUUCUUUGAGUAUCACUGGACCAGGUCAAGUGAGAAUCAGAUCACCAUGCACAAGUGCUUUCUACUGCUGGUCUUUAUGGUCAUCAUUCUGCCUUCUCUUGGUUUGUCCAGUUUGGAUUUUUUCUUCAGGUGGCUCUUUGAUACUCACUUCCUGGAUCAGAAAGAUGUAAAGUUCCAAUGUGUGUUCUUGCCUGAUAAUGGAGCUUUUUUCGUGAAUUACGUUAUCACAUCGAGUCUGAUUGGCACGGCGAUGGAGCUGCUGCGGAUUCCCUCACUACUGGUUUACUCGCUGCGUCUUUGCUUUGCAAAAUCCAAAGCUGAGCGCAUCCAUGUUAAACGAAGUCAGGCCUAUGAGUUCCAGUUUGGGUUAGAGUAUGCCUGGACUAUGUGCAUAUUCUCUGUCAGUAUGACCUAUAGCAUUACCUGCCCCAUCAUCGUGCCCUUUGGGCUGUUGUAUCUGAUUCUGAAGCACGUGGUUGACCGCUAUAACAUCUACUAUGCCUACAUCCCCACCAAGCUGAGCCAACACAUCCACUUGGCUGCUAUCAGGCAGGUGCUUGUGGCACCAAUUCUUUGCAUGUUCUGGCUUCUCUUCUUCUCUGUGCUCCGAUUCGGUCCAAUGCGACCUAUCACGCUGUUCACAUUCGUCUCUGUACUUUUGUGUAUCAUCGUUUCCUUCUUUGGAAUCUGUCUGAAAAAACUACAGCCAGACAGAUCAACAAGCUAUCAGAUGUCUGAUACAACAACAGAAGGAGCAUACAGCGAUAUGGAGAGAAGCACUGCAUCCACCACGACUACUGCUAAUCUCUUCAUAGCAUCGGUCUUACUGGAACCAGAGCUGGGUCUGACGCCCAUGCCCUCUCCUGCCCACCAGAGUUAUGGCACCAUGGGCAACUGCCAGGCCUCAGUGCACGAGGAAGAGGGGGCAGCUGGGAAGGAUGUAGAGGAGACAGUGGAGACGGAGCUUGAGGACACACCAGGACCUGUCUGUUCAAACUCUCUGAUGGACAGCCCAGUGGAUUACCAGUGAUACCCAUGCACCUCUACCAGCAAAAUAAAAGCUCCCUGCCUCACCUUAACUCGAGGCUGUUACUAAGGCACAAUGCUGCAUUAUUUUCCUCCAAAAACCAUUUCAGAAAUGGAUCUGGUACAAUGUGUGGCCUCUCAGUAUGUCUGUCUGUCUGUCUGUCUAUCUUUC